GUUCGGGGCGGAAGGAACGUCCCCGGCUAAGACGGAGCGGAAGAUGGCGGCGGAAGCGCUGCUGUCCAGUGUGUUGGGGUUGCUAUCGCUCGGGCUCCUGCUACCUGCGCGGCUGACGGGGGCCGUCGGGAGCCUGAAUCUAGAGGAGCUGAGCGAGAUGCGUUAUGGCAUCCAGAUCCUGCCGUUGCCUGUCAUGGGAGGGCAGAGCCAAGCUUCAGACGUGGUGGUGGUGUCUUCGAAGUAUAAACAGCGCUAUGAGUGCCGCCUGCCAGCUGGAGCCAUUCACUUCCAGCGGGAAAGGGAGGAAGAGGCACCCGCCUACCAAGGGCCUGGGAUUCCUGAGUUGUUGAGCCCUAUGAGAGAUGCUCCCUGUCUGCUGAAGACCAAGGACUGGUGGACGUAUGAAUUCUGUUAUGGACGCCAUAUCCAGCAGUACCAUAUGGAAGACUCAGAGAUCAAAGGUGACGUCCUCUAUCUCGGCUACUAUCAGUCAGCCUUCAACUGGGAUGACGAAACAGCCAAGGCCUCCAAGCAGCAUCGACUGAAACGCUACCACAGCCAGACCUACGGCAACGGGUCCAAGUGUGAUCUCAAUGGGAGGCCCCGAGAAGCCGAAGUUCGGUUCCUUUGUGAUGAGGGCGCAGGUAUAUCUGGGGACUACAUUGAUCGAGUAGAUGAGCCCUUGUCCUGCUCCUACGUGCUGACCAUCCGGACGUCUCGGCUCUGCCCCCACCCUCUCCUCCGGCCCCCAGCCAGCGCUGCUCCACAGGCCAUUCUUUGUCACCCUGCCCUGCAGCCCGACGAGUACAUGGCCUACCUCCAGAGGCAAGCUGAGUCAAAGCAGCAGGAGGAGAAAAUCACAGAGGAAGUCCAAGACACAGACCACCAAGUGUGGGGGGAGACCAAGUCUGCUGCAGUACCCCCAGAGAAAGAAGACGUCAGCCCAGCCAAGGAACACAAGGAAUCGGAGUUCUGGAAGAUGCUGCAUGAGCCAGAGGAACAGGCUGCAGGAGGAGAGGAGGCGCAGGCCGAGCAGGAGCAGGACCGGAACCCUGAGGCUACAGCAGAUCCACCUCCCAACCCUCCUGAUGAUCUUCAGAACAAUGUGCAGGUCAAAGUCAUCCGAAGCCCGGCCGACUUGAUUCGACUGAUAGAGGAACUGAAAGGUGGAGCCAAAAAGGGGAAGCCCAGCACAGGCCAGCAGCAGCCUGGAGAUGAUACCACGGAGGCCUCUAGGAGGGAGGCGGAGCUGAAGGAAAAGGGGGAUGAACCCCAGGCUGUUGUGGAGGAAGAGGACAAUGAGGAGGAGGAGGAAGAGGAGGAGGAGGAAGACGAGGAUGAGCGGCAGUUAUUGGGAGAGUUCGAGAAGGAGCUGGAAGGGAUGCUGCUUCCCUCGGACCGAGAGCGGCUCCGCUCGGAGGUUAAGGCCGGCAUGGAGCGGGAGCUGGAGAACAUCAUCCAGGAGACAGAGAAGGAACUGGACCCAGAUGGCCUGAGGAAGGAGUCGGAACGGGAACAGGCAAUACUGGCCCUGACAGCCACUCUGGAUAAACUCAUCAAGAGGCUGCAGGAAAACCAGAGUCCAGACCUGCUGCAGAAGCAUAAGAAAAAGAGGACCGUCCCUCAGAAGCCUACCCCAUCACCGCCUCCUACAGAGGAGGAGCCUGAACACAGAGUCCGGGUCCGAGUCACCAAGCUCCGGCAUGGAGGCCCCAAUCAGGAUCUGACUGUCCUGGAGAUGAACCGGGAAAACCCACAGCUGAAACAGAUCGAGGGGCUGGUGAAAGACGUGCUGGAGAGGGAGGGGCUCGCGGCCGCAGGGAAGAUUGAGAUCAAAAUUGUGCGACCCGGGGCUGAAGGUAACGAGGAGGACACUCGCUGGCUGACUGAUGAAGACACAAAAAACCUUAAAGAGAUCUUCUUCAAUAUCUUGGUGCAGGGAGCAGAAGAGGCCAAUAAAGAGCGCCAGAGACAGAAAGACCUGGAGAGCAAUUACCGCCGCGUGUGGGGCUCUCCAGGCGGGGAGGACACUGGGGACCGGGAUGAGUUUGAUUUCUGAAACCAGCGCUGCCCGGCCUUCCAAGGAUUCCAGAAUCUUCCUGACUGGCUCUGCUUCCUCCUCCUCCCCCACCUUGGGGCCCCCGGAGGCAAAAGGGCAAGUCGGAGCCAAGCUCAGAGAGAGUGUGCGGGACCCAACGGUGGAGAACUGUUGCCGCUCCAGAACCACCCUCAGACCUCGGCAAGGCCUGUGGGCCCCACUCCCCCAACACGCCUUGCUUUGCCCCUUUGGCUUUUCCCGCCACCUCACUUCCUGGCUCUUACCCCAUUUACCCAGAGACCCGGUAAGAUCUUGUGAGUAGGGUAUGGUGGGAAAAGCAGGCGAGCUGGACAGUUUCUCAGACUCCAAGAAAGCAGGCCCCAUCCACCCCACCCCACCCCGAUGCCCUGUUGCCCUGUUGCUGUUGGGGCAUCGCUUGCUCCUUCCUUCCAUUUCCUGUUCCCACUGUCCCGUUAUCUGUGCUUCUGAGUCAGGAGCCCUUACCUCUGUCCCUGCGGGAACAGGAGACCUUGCAUAUCACCUCACACACAAUCCCAGCAAAAAGGGCUGAGUAUGGAGCCACUCAUGUACUUCAGGGUUCUGAAUAAAGAACUGGACCAUCAA